AGGACUUUUGCACUUGCACCUUAAAUAUCUUAAAUGGUUAAUUCAAUAAUUUUACAUGUCUUUCUGACAUGGGAAAAAGGCCCAAGAAGGCCGGCUGGAACAUGCAGAUCUUGUUCAUACUUCCUUUUCAAGUUGAGAUUCGCAGGUGAUAGCCAUCGCCCUUGCGGAUAUGUAUAUGAUGUAUAUGCCUAUAUGCAUAAGCAACCUAAUGUAUAUCUAUAUGCAUGCGCGAUCGGUGUUGUUGCGGUGCCCCCUUUUUGGGGCUAGUCACUAGUCGUGCCGAGUGUGGACCUUACACCGAAGCUCGGUGCCGAUCGGAUCGGGUGGAAGGCUCUGCGAGCAGUUCCACUUCAUGGCCUACGUGCCCAACAACGGCACGUCGACCUCGGUCUUCGCGGAUGUGACGCCUGGAACACGGGGAAGCCUUAAGGACAAAGGCCUUUUCCGAAGAGAGAGCUUGAUGGUUGUUCUUUCUUUUUUGAAAGAAGGGGUGAAUCCCCGACACCGGUGAAGUUGAAGAUGUUUCUUUUUCUGCAGAGCAGAUCCAAGGAUGCCGAUGAACCAGCCUGGCAUCCUGUUGGGCUUUUACUAUGGCCUGAGCUUCCUGUGUAUGAUGAUGUUGGUGGUGCAGUGGUGGUUGCGCAACAGACAUCCGAUCAACUACUUUUGCGCCUUCUUGUCGACUGUCCUGGUGGGUUGCUUCUUCGGCAUCAGUGAUGAGAUGCUCCUUGUACAGAUCCACACUCGUUUACUCAGCGUCGUUGUGACGACCAUGACGAUUUCCUGCAUCUCCUGCUGGCUCUUUUUGCGCGAUGGGUGGUGCAGGAAUCUCACGGCAGCGACUUUGGUGAGCAUCGGCCUUGGCUGGAUUGCUAGCACCUUGCUGGUAAUGCUGGUCUCGCAGGUGCUUGACCCGGUGAACUCCAUCGGGAAGACUUGUACAGCAGCUUUGCUUUCAGCGUUUGUCCUGACCUUUCUGUUGGUGCAUUCCUGGAACUCGCUGAUGAACUGCAAGGUGGACGAUCUGGUAGGCAUCAUUGCGGUCAUGGAUGCAAGUUUGCUGGCAGUGGUGAGCUUGCCAUUUUUAUUCCUUCUCCUGGCCUUUUGUGCACCUUCCUCUGCCAUGCAAGUCCAGAAUGGUGAGGCGAACGAGGCACAGAACCAGGUCUGAGGUCGGCAUGCUUUGUGGAAUGAGGACUCCUAUCUAUGGGCUUCUGAGAAGAUUUCGAAGCCGUCUCAAUUAAGCGCUUGUUGUUCUAUCGGACUCCCCUGAAUUGAUGGUCGGCCGCAAAAUCACUGCGAUGUCCCAUUCCAAGACGUGCACAGUGCACGAGCUUAAUUUGCAAGCUGUAGGUGCGGUUGCUGGCAGCCAGUAACAGCAGCAGCAUUGCUGGGGUCCUUUCCUUUGGCCAAGCAAGGUCCCACCACCAUUGUCUUUUGAGAAGACUCUUGACUCUGGCGACACCAUCGAUGAAUGUUGAGUACGCUGG